AUGACCGUAAACGAGAAGAAGUUCAUCGAAACAGCUUUACUUUCAGACCUUAGAAUCGAUGGUCGUCGGCCUUUUGAUUACCGUAAUAUAACAAUACGGUUUGGUAGGGAAGAUGGGUCAUCAGAGGUGCAGCUCGGCCAGACUCAUGUAAUGGGGUUCGUAACUUGCCAACUGGUGCAACCCUAUCGGGACCGGCCUAAUGAAGGAACUCUUGCGAUAUAUACUGAGUUCUCUCCGAUGGCCGAUCCUUCAUUUGAGGCGGGACGUCCUUCAGAAUCUGCAGUGGAAUUGGGACGCAUAAUUGACCGUGGAUUAAGGGAAAGCAGGGCCGUGGAUACAGAAUCUCUUUGUAUUGUUGCUGGGAAAUGGGUCUGGUCCCUUCGUGUUGAUCUCCACAUUUUAGACAACGGCGGAAAUCUUGUUGAUGCAGCCAAUAUUGCUGCUCUUGCUGCUCUACUUACAUUUCGGAGGCCAGAGUGCACAUUGGGAGGAGAGGAUGGUCAAGAAGUUAUAAUACAUGCACCAGAAGGUAAUUUUUUUUUUCCCCUUCCUUGCAGGGAUCCAUAUUCAAUGGGUGUCAACUCUGACGAAUUGAAAACAUCUCUUGCCUCACGAGUUGCAGUUACACCCCCAAAAAACACAGUACCACCUAUGGAACAACCUGUAACUGUAACGGAUCCACCAGUCGCAUCUAUGACUGCAGCAUCUUCAUCAGCAGAGACCACUGGAGCUGGACAGCAGACGAACAAAGAGAAGACGUUAAAAGAUGCUGUGAAACUGAAGCACAAAAGGAAAAAGAAGACAUCAGCAAUCUUGAAAGACGAGGUUAUAUCUUGUGUGUGUCUUGGCCUGAACAGUGAAGAGAAAGGUCGCAACUUCGACAUCAUCCAUAGUGUACUGAAGUUUGCUUUUCUUGGAAUUCUUUCUGAGAGAUUAACGACUCUGCUGGAAGAUGGGUCAUCAGAAGUGCAGCUCGGCCAGACUCAUGUAAUGGGGUUCGUAACUUGCCAACUGGUGCAACCGUAUCGGGACCGGCCUAAUGAAGGAACUCUUGCGAUAUAUACUGAGUUCUCUCCGAUGGCCGAUCCUUCAUUUGAGGCGGGACAUCCUGCAGAAUCUGCAGUGGAAUUGGGACGCAUAAUUGACCGUGGAUUAAGGGAAAGCAGGGCCGUGGAUACAGAAUCUCUUUGUAUUGUUGCUGGGAAAUGGGUGUGGUCCCUUCGUGUUGAUCUCCACAUUUUAGACAACGGCGGAAAUCUUGUUGAUGCAGCCAAUAUUGCUGCUCUUGCUGCUCUACUUACAUUUCGGAGGCCAGAGUGCACACUGGGAGGAGAGGAUGGUCAAGAAGUUAUAAUACAUGCACCAGAAGCAAGGGAACCUCUUCCAUUAACUGUACAUCACCUCCCUAUAGCAAUAACUUUUGCGUUUAUUGGUGAUGAGAAUACAGUGGUGAUUGACCCAUCGCACUUCGAAGAAGCUGUUAUGGGAGGAAGAAUGACUGCCACCAUAAAUGCAAAUGGCGAUAUAUGUGCAGUUCAAAAAGCUGGAGGAGAAGGUGUCAUACAGAGCGUUAUCAUGCAGUGUUUAAGGAUUGCCUCUGUGAAGGCUGCAGAUAUAACGAAGAAAAUAGAAGAUGCUGUUGAGUCGAACAAUACAGAAAGAGCUCUAAGAAAGAUCAAACGACAUCCUCCCUCUGCUGUAGUUGAUGUCAUCAAAGCUGAUGAGAAGGGAGCAAAUAAUUUUUUGAAGGAAAAUAUGGAGAAGCCAAAACUAAAAAUAGAGGACAGCAAUGUAGGUCAAAGCGAUGACAUGGACAUUGAAACCCAGUUGUCUAAGCAAGAUGAUAGUCGAACAAGGACUGACAAAGAUACAAGUUUUAUUGGCGGGCCAUCAAGUUGGGAUCCAUAUUCAAUGGGUGUCAACUCUGACGAAUUGAAAACAUCUCUUGCCUCACGAGUUGCAGUUACACCCCCAAAAAACACAGUACCACCGAUGGAACAACCUGAAAAAGAAGACAUCAGCAAGUUAGAAAAUUCUGCAUCAGUGAUCUCUUUUGACGCAUUCUUGAAAGACGAGGUUAUAUCUUGUGCGUGUCUUGGCAUGAACAGUGAAGAGAAAGGUCGCAACGUCGACAUCAUCCAUAGUGUACUGAAGUUUGCUUUUCUUGGAAUUCUUUCUGAGAGAUUAACGACUCUGCUGUAA